AAUACAAUAUGGACUACACUGUCAGUGUUAUGGCUACCAACUGUGCUGGGAACAGUACAACUGCUGACUACAACUUCAGAGUAGGCGGUUGUCCUGUGCUGACCAACCCCAUAAAUGUAGCCUUUGGACCAACCACCAGCAGAUUACCAGGAUCAACAGUAACCAUCCAGUGUGAUGCUGGGUAUGUGUCUGCUGUUACAAUGGUGACAUGUGAGGGUACACUGAUGUGGAGUCCAGACCCUGAGGCUAUUGAGUGUACAUCACUAACCACACCCACUCCCACAACUCCCCCUCCAAUAAACUGCACGGCUUCACUAUCCCCACCACUUGAACCAACUACAGCUGCUCCAUGUAAUUGUAAUUGUAAUUGCGCCAGCCUAUCUGAAGGGAGUCGAUUUGAUGCAGCUGUCUCCAUCAGCGUAGUUGUCACGGCAAUUGUGUUCACAAUAAUAGGAUUAUUUGUGGGACUCUUGAUAAUGUAUUUGUUCAUGCAUAAGAAGAAUGUGUACUCCCCGUCAGCUAAAGAGCAAGCUAACGUAGGACCCACUGCACCAGCUGGUCCUGUUUAUGAGGAGGUGUCACCCAAAGAGGAGAUUGAACUGAAUACUAACCAAGCGUACGGACCUGUAGGACUGUAAAAACUCUCAUCAACAGUGUAGAUAUAAUAUACAUGUAAACAAUUAAUAUAGCACUAUACAUCCGUUUAUCAACAACUUAAGAACAAUGUAAACAAUAACAUUGUUCAUUAAAA